AUGGACAUGAAGGGAUGGAAGAAUUUUCUCAUCAAGAAGCUCAAUGUGCCACAACAUCGCAUCCAGUGUCUUCUUGGGUCCAAUAGUCCCAUCACUGACAACCACAUACCCCCUUCCCACGCCAACAUCAUAAACGUGCUCUAUGGCCUCAUUUACAACUCUGAAAUCCAGCAGGAUGAUAUUCUUAUCAUCUACUACGCUGAGCAUGGCUCGUUGUACAAAUUUCCACAGCGGAAAUGCACUGCUACAGGAUCUAGAUGUUGUAUGGCCUGUAACUGUUCCCUGACCACUGUUGAAGUGCUGUGUCCUAUCGAUCAUGACACUAUGGAUGAUGAUGGAUGCUGGAUACCUGACAUCAGCGAUCGAGAGCUUAAUGCUCUUCUCAGACAAAUAUCUUAUGCCAAGGGGCAUAAGAUCACAGUCAUUGCUGACUGCUGCUACGCUGGAGGCAUGACUUGA